CCAUCUCUCCCUCCAUCUCUCCCUUCGCCCCUCCAUCCCUCCCUGCAUCCCCGCCGGGACCUUUGGAAGGCCCAGCCGAGGCUGCGCCUAGGGCGGGCAAGGCCCCGGCCUCCCGCGGCCCCCGAUGUGCCCUGCCCAAUCUCCGCUGGCCCCGCGGCAGUAGCGGAGGCGGGGGUCGCGCUGCGGGCGCGGGGGGAUGGAUCCCGGCGUGUCGGGCCCCGGGCGGAGCCGCCCCCCGCAGACGGGAGCGGGAGCGGGAGCGGGAGCGGGAGCGCUGUCCCCCGGGGAGGUGAGCGUCAGCAUCCGCAGCCCGGCCGGCCGCGGGCCCCCGGCCCAGGACGCGCUGCUCCGGAGGUCCGGCUCCGGCUACGAGGGCAGCACCAGCUGGAAGGCGGCGUUGGAGGACACGACAACCCGACUCCUGCUGGGAGCCAUAUCUGUUCUGCUCUUCGCUAUUCUGGUGGUGAUGAGCAUCCUGGCAUCCAAGGGCUGCAUCAAUUGUCAGGCCCCAUGCCCCGAGGAUUGGCUGCUCUACGGACGGAAAUGCUACUUCUUCUCGGAUGAUCCAAGGGACUGGAACACAGGCCGCCAGUAUUGCCACACACGCGAGGCCGCCCUGGCCGUGGUCGAGAGCCAGAAGGAGCUGGACUUCCUGUUCAAGUUCACCAGGAGGGAGCCCUGGAUUGGUCUGCGGCGAGUCGGGGACGAGUUUCACUGGGUCAACGGGGCCCCCUUUGACCCAGACGCGUUCUCCAUAGGUGGCCACGGCGAAUGCGUCUUUGUGGAGCCGACCCGCCUGCUGGCAUCUGGCUGCCUGUUGACGAGGCCUUGGGUGUGCAGCAAGGCCGCAUACACCUGAGGGACGGCGUGGGACAUAUGGGUGCAGGGGCGGGGCUGACCGUACGGCUUCAGACAUGGGGCUUAGUGCGCGGCUGCAGGGACAGGGCUGAAUGUCCAGACUGCAAGGACAAGGCUGACCAUCUGGGCCUCAGAGAUGGGGCUGACCAGCGGGGACUGAGAUCCAGCAAAGCAGCCUGCGGCCAACCCCAUCUAAUCCCCAGCCUCAGCAUCGGGACCCAGGGUGUCUCGUUUCUCUCUCCGCCAGCCCCAGCUAGCCCACGUCUGGGCAGGUCACAUGAUCCUACCACCCCUUCCAUCACCAGCCCUGUCGUUGGCCACCUAACUAGUCUGAGCCGGAGCCCGGAACACACCUGGACAUGGGGUGGGGCCUGAGCCAAGCAGUGGAUGAGGCUCGGUUCUGGCCUUUCUGAGGGGCGGCUCCUUUGGGGGCUGUACCUUGGCCAAACGUUUUGUUUUUCUACCUCAUCGAGCCCAACUUCUUGGACUACUGAAUUUUCCUUCUGAGAUUUCACUUUCAAUCAACCCAAUCAGACCCUGCCAUGAUAGACAGGACUGCUCCCUGGGUGGUCCUUGGCAAGGAGGGGCCCAGCCCCUGCUGGCCUUGAGGGCAGUGAGUUCCAGGCUGGCCUCCUCCUUGCCCCUUAGGCCCAGCUGCCUCCCUGCCCUGUGGACCUCAGCCUCCUCCCUGUCCCAUGGACAUCAGUCCCCUCCCUGCCUUCUGGCCUGGCCUUGGUUACCAAGUGAUGCUCCAUGGCUACUUGGGGGCAAUUCCGACCUGCACAUCAAGGAAUGGGGCUGUAGGUCCAGCUGCGAGGUACACUUCCACUUGCCAGGAAGGGAACACUUGGACAGACCCAUGCCCUGAAGCUUCUAUACCCUCCCCCUUCCGGUACUGACUCUGAGGAGCGGGGGACUGUUCUCUCUGCCUUUGGCUUGUCCUGCCCAGUGCCAUGGAUGGAGGGGACCAACCCCCUUGCCCUCCCUCCAUGCUCCAUCCAUCCUCUUCCCCUUUCCCCACCCUCUUGCUACCAUUUAUAUACCAA